AUGGCUGAAGCACCGGGCACACCGCCUCCCACAACCGCACCCGCAGCCGGUGUCGCAUCCGCAGACCCGGCACCGACGACGAGUCCAUCGCGAGUCGUUCCGGCGGUGGCUAUUGAACCAGCUCAGCAGGAUGACCCCGUUGAAGCCGAUGAGGGAUUUGCAAGCGAUAACGACUCUUCGAUUGAUGAUAGAAUUUCGAGUUACACCGCGUCCCUAUCAUCCAGCGUCAUCGACUACCCGGAAGAAUAUGGCCGUCGCUAUCAUGCAUUCAGGCCGGGCUCGUAUUCGUUCCCGAACGACGAGGUCGAAAUGGAGCGCCUCGACAUGGCUCAUGCCAUGAUGGUGAGGGCGAUUGGAAGCAAGCUCUGGCUGGCCCCGCUGGCCAAGGAGAAGGUCCAUCGUAUCCUGGAUAUCGGUACGGGUACUGGAAUCUGGGCCGUUGAGAUUGGUGACAUUUUUGAGAACGCCGAGGUUAUUGGGAAUGAUCUGAGUGCUAUCCAACCUGAAUGGGUACCCCCGAACGUCAAGUUUGAGAUUGACGAUGUCGAGAGCGAAUGGGUCGGCGUUAAAAAGUACGACUUCAUCAUGUGCCGCUACAUGGCCGCCUCCAUCCAGGACUGGCCAAAGCUGAUCGCCAACAUUUACGACAACCUCAACCCAGGAGGCUGGGCCGAGUUCCAAGAUAUGAGCACAGAAUACUACUCCGACGACGGCAGCUACAAACCCGAACACGCAACCUACGAAUGGAAUCAGACCUUUGUCGAAACCCUCGACAAGAUCGGGCGCGAUCCCCGGCCCGGACCGAAGCUCGAGGGCUGGGUGCGCGGGCACGGCGGGUUCGAGAACGUGGCGCACCACAAGUUCAAGACGCCCAUCGGGCCGUGGGCGCGGCACCGGCAUUUCAAGGACCAGGGGUUGCUGAACCUGGCGCAGAUUCUUGAGGGGUUGGAAGGGUUCUCGUUGAAGCUGCUGUGCGGUGUUUUGGGGAGGAGUAAGGAGGAGGUGUUGGUGCAGCUUGCGGAGGUGAGGAGGGAGUUGAAGACGGGGGUUUUUCAUGCUUUGUUGGAUUUGCAUGUGGUGUAUGGGCAGAAGCCUGCUCUACCGGCUGCUACAGCGGGAACUGAGUAG